AAUAACACUAACGCAAUAAUUAAAGGUGUAUACAGUAUUUUGAGCUAACCGACUACGAAUAUUUCAUCUUGAAUAAAAUGGCUGCAGACGGCUGUUUUCGUGAUAUUCGAUGGUUCGUCUUCUGCUUGGGAAGUGUGCUGUUAUUCGAGAACUACGUAUCAUCAAUUGGCAGAGGAGUUUUAACGACGAUUGAACGUAGAUUUGCGUUAUCAAGCUCGGCAGUGGGGGUACUGGCGUCGAGUUUUCAAAUGAGCAACAUGUUCGUUCAACCCUUUGUCAGCUACUUCGGAGGAAAAUCACACAGACCGAGAUGGAUUGCAAUUGGGGGCUUGAUUGUUGCGGUUGGAUCCACGAGUGCAUUUCUUCCCCAAUUCAUUGAUUCUCGAUAUGAAUAUGAGGAUACAGCUAUUUCAAACCUUUCCAGCAAUGCUAAGAUAAUGCUUUGUAAUCGAAACAGCAAUUAUUCUGACAAUUCUUGUGGCUCAGGAGGGCACAGCGAGUCUAACAAGCUGUAUAUAUUCAUAAUAAUUGGUGGAAUAUUACACGGAAUCGGAGCUUCACCCUUUCAACCCUUAGGAAUGUCAUAUCUAGAUGAUUUCUCUCCUCCAGCGAAAGCAGCUUUGUAUAUUGGUAUAGCAAAAGGAAUUCUACUCAUUGGACCAGCUCUCGGAUAUCUUGCUUCGGCUGUAAUAUUAAAUAUUUGGGUCGAUGUCGGGUGGACAGAUCCUGAUAUUACUCCAUCUAAUCCUAACUGGGUUGGGGCAUGGUGGAUGGGAUAUAUGAUAGGAUCAAUUACAAUGAUCUCUGUAUCUAUUCCGUUCUUCUUCUUUCCGUAUGCUAUGGAAUCACACCAAAGUGUUCAAGUACAGGAGAAAGAAGAUACUAAAAAAGCCGAGAAAUUAUCAACAAUUGGAGAACUAAAGCAAUUGUUUGAGGCGACAAAAAGAUUGCUUACGAAUCCCAAAUUAUUACUUAUUCAUGCAAUUCUCGUCUUCGCAAGUCUUGUUGUCGUAGGAGUAGCAACUUUUUUUCCAAAGUAUCUUGAAGUGCAAUUUGGAGAAACUGCAUCAAGAUCUAACUUAUUGCAUGGUUCUAUAAAUCUUCCAGCUGUUAUAUCAGGAACACUUUUGGGAGGAGUAAUCGUUAGCAAAACAAAUCCAAAUACUCCUGGUUUAGUUAAGAUGGUAGCGAUCGUGUUACUUUUGGCCAGUGUAACAACUUAUCCUUUACUUUUUAUCGGCUGUGAUACACAAGACAUUGAAGGAGUCACAGUUUUCAACAGCUCAAACACAGUCACAAAUGACUGCAACAAGCUUUGUGAUUGUGAAAAAGGAAUGUAUUCACCCGUCUGCAGUAUAGAUACUGGUGUCAUAUAUGUAUCUCCGUGCCACGCUGGCUGUACGACGGAAAUUGCCAACUCAGAAACUCCUAUACAGAAUUUCACAUCAUGCAGUUGUACCCAAGACGAAAAUAUCGAAUCUGUAUUAACAAGUUUGUGUAAGAGAACAACUUGCAGAGGACACGAAAUUGCAUGGGCAUUACUUUUCAAAGCACUGGCAAAUUUCUUCGGCGGUUUAUCUGUAACCCCAAAUUUUAUGCUCAUUUUGAGAGUAGUCGACAUAAUGGACAAAGCCUACGCAAUUGGAUUAACGUUUCUAGCAUUCAGAGUAUUAGCUUGGUUACCUGGUCCGAUGUUAUACGGAUCAAUUAUUGAUUCAACGUGUAUUUAUUGGGGACGAAAUCAUUGUGGAGAACGUGGGAACUGUAAGGUCUACAAUAACAGUCUAUAUCGAUUUCGGUAUUAUGGAAUUAUGAUCAUUUUUCAAACGAUCACGGUACUUUCGUGUUUUGCACUUUUUUUCGUGACAAAGCGUGAAACUAUGAAAUCACAAGACAGCAAGAGAUCGGGUGUCAUUUACCAGAAGUCCAAUAUUAAGAAUCAAAAUGAAGACAAGGGAUAUAUGGAAAAAGAAUUGAAGAAAUUAGUAUCACCUGAUACAGAUGGGGGAGAAAUAUCAAAAUUAAAUAAAACAAUCCCCCAAAGUGAUAAUUGAUAAAAAAAAAAUUAAAAUUUGA